AUGGCCUCCCCAGGUUUACCCUCUGAGGAGACACGAGAUCCUACUGAGGAUCAACCAGUCUGGCAUCCAGCUCAAGAGUGGCCUGACGAGGCUGAUACUACAACGGAAUCCGAUUACCAUCCUAGCCAAUCGAGGUCCGAAGACGACGAAUCGAUGAGCAACGAGGACGAUGAUAUGACCCCUGGUCGUUCCCGGGGUCAUAGCAAUGAUACCGAACAAGGAGCUGUUGCAGAAGGAAAUGAACAGCUCAAUCUUAGUGGUAUUCACAUCGAACUCGACGAAAUGGGUGGCUACCUCGAAUGGGUGUCAGGCGAUGAGCUGGAUAUUGAUACAGAUGAUAUGCUCGUUAUUGGAGAGACUAAUGAUCCCCGAAUCGAAAGAUCCCAGUUAUUCCAGUUGCUAGCAACCACAGGUCUCCGAGAGAUGCUCUAUCCGAAUGGGUGGCCAUACGGCACAGAGAGAGACGAGUUCGGUGAAGUGGAAGACUAUGAUGAAGAGGUCCUAUCUCAUUUGAUUGGAAGACGACGCAAGCCGAAGUUCGUGUGGCCCAAGGUUCCAAGUGAUGCAGGUACCAAGUUGAUGGCCUCUGGUCACUUUGGGACGGACCCAUACUACGUCGAUCGAAUGAAAAAGCGGAAGGAAGUCUUUGCAACAAAUCUCAUGAGACGGGAGCUUGGCAUCAACUCUCACGGAGUCCGGCAGAGAGCUAAUCAAUCCAUCUGUCAGAGCAUGAUUCCAGGCUCUCGGGCAGACAAAAUUAUCCACUACGACUCCCGAAGCUACUCUGGUCAAUACUCCGAUGAUGGGGAUUUCUUUUUCUGCUGUGAACAGGAUUUCAGGGUUCGGAUGUACGAUACAUCUAAUCCAUAUGAGUGGAAGUACUACAAGACCGUGGAGUAUCCGUAUGGCCAAUGGACCAUCACAGAUGCUUCGCUGAGUCCGGACAACCGUUUUCUUGUUUACAGCUCGAUCCGCAGCGCAGCCUACCUCGCGCCGACAGACCCGGACGAUGACUCGGAUCCACACGAGCUAGACUUUUCCCUGUUGCCGGGUCAAGCACGUCGAAACGCCUGGGAUUUGUCACGAGCGCAGUUUGGCAUCUGGUCCCUUCGAUUUUCCGGAGACGGGCGGGAGGUUGUUGCCGGUACAAAUGAGAACUCGGUGAUAGUUCUUGAUCUCGAGACACGGAGGCCAGUUCUCACUCUAGGAAACCGUCACCAGGGUCAUGUGAAUGCAGUCUGUUUUGGAGACACAUCCUCGCCUCAUAUUCUCUACUCCGGAUCUGAUGAUACAACUCUGCGUGUCUGGGACCGACGUUCAAUGGGCGAUGGACGUGAAGCCGGCGUCUUCAUGGGCCACACUGACGGCUUAACAUACAUUGACAGCAAGGGUGAUGGUCGCUACGUCCUGUCCAACAGUAAAGACCAAACGAUGAAGCUUUGGGAUUUGCGGAACAUGAUGUCAGCAUCCGCAGCCGACAAAAUCAACCCAAAUACCUACGCUACCAAUUUUGACUAUCGAUUUGAAGAAUAUCCCGAAUAUAAGCGUCAAUCCCAUCCAAGUGACCACUCGAUUGUGACAUUCCGCGGCCACAGUGUCCUCAAAACUCUCAUCCGUUGCCAUUUCUCGCCACCAGGCAGCACAAACUCGCGCUAUGUCUACACGGGCAGCGAAGAUGGCCAAGUCUACGUGUACAAUAUUGAUGCCACGUUGGCUGGUACGAUUGAUGUCAAAUCGGCGACUAUGAAUUCUCGACCCCGUGGGCCCGAUACUCUGUCCAAUAUGUGGGAUCUGGGUGGAGACAUGAAGUGGAGAACUUGUGUUCGAGAUGCAAGCUGGCACCCCAGCAUUCCUAUGGUAGCAGCAACCUCCUGGAAUGGCUGGGGUCUCUCUAGCGGCACAUGCACUGUUCACUCAUGGAACGAUGGCGCCGACGACGACGAAGGUGAUCCGCCAAUUGGACGAAGCUACGAUCACAAAUUGCGACCCUUACCCGAAUUCAAUCGCUAUCAGGACAAUCCUCCACCUAGCCGGGUACAUCGACGCACACGACGCCCACUGCGCAGCCGGCCUGUCGCUCGGUUGGAUACAGACGACAAUGAGGAGGAUGAGACUGGAUGGUGA